AUGGGAAAGAACACAGAUGACCGACCCGCUUACCUGAGCGCCGAUGAUGCUAAAUACUCUCUCGGUGUUCACCGUGGGCCAUUGGUUCCUACAGGGGUCGGCGAUGCUUCCAAGCUAGAGAAGGUCGAGACAGCUGGCGGUCUCUCGCUGGCGACUACACAGUCGCGCAAGGAGAAGUUUUCGCGUCAUUGGAAGCGAUUCUGGUGCUGUUACCUUAUUGGAAAUGUUAUUUUCCUAGCUAUUUUCCUGCCUGUUUUCUUCCUGGUCGCAAUCCCCGCUAUCUCGCAGCUUGUCGUCAACAAAUCAAACUUGGUCCUCGUCAGCGCAGCUGUUAUGCAGCCUCUACCGAACCACAUCCAGUUAACUCUUCUAUCGGCGCUGGAUUUGAAAAUCGCCCUACCCGUCCGCAUUGACCCCAUUGAUUUGAAUCUUUUUAUUGCCGACAUUGGCGCAGACAAGCCAUGGGGUCAGGCCAAUCUGACUGGCAUGACUAUUCGCGGAAAUACUACACUGGGUGUAACUGAUCAAUCUACGCCACUCCUGAACACGACCGUCUGGACGGACUAUGUUCGCCAAGUUGUGAACCAGAAAGAAACGGCCCUGGGAGUUAAGGGAACAACCGAUUCGUUUUUGGGCGUGUUGAAGUCAAAGGUGACGAUGGAUAAGAGUGUUCUUUCACCAACACUGAACUCCUUUGAAGGUUUCAGUAUCAACGAUGCUUCUCUAAUUCCAGCUGAAGCGGACGGCACUAACCUGAAUGGUACCGUUAUUCUUCCUAACCCUUCAAUCCUGACACUUGAGAUCGGUACCAUCGUGCUCGAUGUCAUGAGCGGCAACCUCACCAUUGGAAACGCAACAAUCGAAAACUUGACCCUGAAACCCGGCAAUCACUCUAACCCACUCAAGGGAUCUCUUGACAUUGGCAUUAUCCUCAAACACAUCAAACAAAUCCUGGCGGAUCAACUCCCAUCCAUCAAGAGCAGCGGCGGCCUCAAUCUUACCUCCGUCACCCGCUCAGUAACAUACAAUGGAACAGAAGUCCCAUAUUACACGGAAGUGAUGUCCGAGCUUCCUCUCUCAGCUACCGUCGGCCUCUUGGAUACCCUCAAAAACACACUGAGCAGCUUCCUCCAAACCGGAAGCGGCAAGAGCUUGGCUGAAGUCGUCGCCGAGCUCAAGAAUCACACCAGCGGCGAGAAUAUCACCGACCUUGUAGACGAUCUCAAAGACGGCCUCGAUGUCAGCAGUCUCAAAUCCCGCGAUACCAGCCGCGAUGGAUUAACAGCUGCACAACUUCUUUCCCGAACUUUGAGGCUAAACCCCCAUGUUCGCAAGCUUUUCAAAGACGAAUCCACAGACCAGCGAGACGAGAUGCUCGACUCGCUGGCCGGGUGGUACCUCGAUCAACACUAG